GGUAGUGAAUCGAACCCCUUUUUAUUUACAACUUGAUCUACCAAGACCCAGCUUCGGAUCAAUUCUCUUCACCUCUGCCCUACCCUUGAGCUCUGCAAACAACAAUGGCUUCCUUCCUCAAAAGUAAUACCUUUUCUACCCUUCGUGCUCAUCAUCUUCAGGGUUUACCAUCGCAACCUAGACGUCAGCUUCAUGUAGAACCUGGGGCUCGAGAGAAAGCUCUUUUGGCUAAGGAUCCAGCACUAGAGCGGUUCAAAUCAUAUAGGAAAGGUGCCGCAAGCAUCAGAAGAAUCGGAGAUUACCUUACUAUAGCCGUUGUAGCUGGAUGUUGUUAUGAGAUCUAUGUGAGGGCUGUGACACGAGAAGAAGCUCGUAAAGCUCUGAAAUCAGAGUAGCAGCAUCAGAAAAUGGUGGAUGAUGAUGGUGAUUAUAAUUCUGUUUAUGCAAUAAUUUAUCAGUAGACAGUGUUUUGUUUUCUUUUUCAAGGAAAAUAAACUCCCUUUUAUGGCACCAAAAUGAGUGGUUUCAGAUGGAUGAAUACUGAAAGAUUGUGCUUGUUGUUUUCCUUAUUUAAAUAAUGCCGAGUUUCAAAAUGUGGGUG